AUGACCGCCAAGAUAGCAAUUGUUUUCGGGUACGGACCACGAGUUGGAGCUGCCGUCGCUUCCGCCUUUGCCGCUCGCGGCUAUAAAGUGGCCGUAGUCUCUCGUUCCGGCAACGCCGAUGCCACAAACGAUUAUCUUUCCAUCAAGGCCGACCUUUCAGAUGCUCGAAACGUCGAGGGUGUUUUCGCUCGGGUCACAAACGAACUCGGACUCCCGAGUGUCGUUGUCUAUAACGGGUUCGAACAACCCUUAUCGAGCGUUAUUACGGAUGCUCAUGUAAACACCUUUUCUGCCUACGUAGCGGCGCAGCUUGCAGUCAAAGGAUUUGCAGAGCUGCCUUCAGAUGCUCCCAAAACCUUCAUAUAUACCGGGAACAAGCUGAAUGUAAUGACAUUGGAGCCUCUCCUCUCCUUUGGCAUGGGAAAGUUUUAUUAUGCUGACGAGCGUAAGCCGAAUGGGGAGCCAGCAUACGAUAAACUUGACGCUGAGGCUCAUGGUGAUUACUAUGUGAAGCUGGCGGAGGAAAGCUUCCAAGGGCCCUGGCAUGCGACCUUUGUCAAGGGAAAGGGCUAUGUCAAGUUUGACGAGAACCCAGUGCACGGCGGCCGUUAUCCUGGAGCGUAG